ACUGUGUAUGUUAUAGCGUUCACCCAUUUUAGUUAAAAAUAUAUUUUUUAUUUUACUGCGGAUUGAUAAAACGAGUUUAUGUUUUGGUGGUAACAAGUUCAGCUGAUUAACCGUUUACAUACCAGGGCUGCAACAAUAGCUAUUAAAACCGCUUAAAAUGUGUGGACGCACUUGCCUAACACUCGAUCCCGACCAAGUGCUGUGUGCGUGCAAAUAUCCAAAUGAGAAGCUCCAAGAUGACGCCAAGCAGCAGAAAUUCGCAACUCCAGAAUGGCGCGCAGAGUUCAAUUUGGGCCGCCGAUAUCAAGCCUCUUAUAACAUUGCGCCCACCGACAUAACACCGGUGAUCGUGUCAGCUGCGCACUUCGCAGAAGCCGCAGAGGAUCAAAAGGGAACAGAUCGCAUUGUUAUGCCCAUGAUGUGGGGCAUGAUUCCUCCGUGGCACAAAGGAGACUAUCGCAAGCAUGGACUAACCACGAACAAUUGUCGGUUGGAGCAUUUAAUGGACUCCAAACUGUAUCGCGGACCCUUUAAACGUGGCCAACGUUGUGUCGUUCUUUGCGAAGGUUUCUACGAGUGGCAGACUACAAAGCAGGCAAAACCAUCCGAUCGUGAGGCUUACUUGCUCUAUGUGCCACAGGAGGCAGAUGUAAAAAUUCACGACAAAAGCACUUGGUCGCCAUCAAAUGUAAAACUUCUGCGAAUGGCAGCCUUGUUUGAUGUAUGGCAGGACGAGAAUGGCGACAAAAUGUAUAGCUAUAGCAUCAUCACCUUCGAAUCCACGAAAAUAAUGUCCUGGAUGCAUUAUCGUAUGCCGGCUAUACUCGAAACAGAACAGCAAAUGAAUGAUUGGCUGCACUUUAAGCAUGUAAGCGAUUCGAAAGCUUUGGCAGCACUUCGACCGGCGACUGGCUUACAGUGGCAUCGUGUUGGCAAAUUAGUGAAUAAUUCGCGCAACAAAAGCGAUGAGUGCAACAAGCCUUUUGAGGCAGCUUCCAAGCCUGAAAAACCCAAAGGGAUGUUGGCUUGGUUAACAGGCAAUAAGCAGAAGCUACAUCAAAACAAAACGACAAACGAUGAAGUAGUUAUUAAAGAAGAGACCGCUAAACGCAGUGUCGAUGAGAUUUCUCCAACUGCAGCUGAAAGCGCCGCCAAGCGGACGUGUUGCGCACCAAUCCAAAUAGCGCCUCCAGCGCUUAAAAGCGAACACGAGAUUAAGUUGGAGUCCACCGAAAGUUAAUUUUUCUAA